UGGUUUAAGCACACGUGGUCUACUGCGAUGUGUUGUUGAGCUUAUACAUACUUCUGUUUUCUCUGGUGUAAACACACGUGGUUAACCUACAAGUUUAUUUAGUUUGUUUUAUAAUAUUUAUUAAUCAUGUCUUUGACUGAAAUAGAUCUAAUUGAAGAAGAUGAAAAUGAGAAGUGUACAUAUUUUCAUGAAUUUGGAUUAGAUGAUAGAAUUUUAAAGGCUGCUGCCAAAUUAGGUUGGAUGGAACCUACGGCAAUACAGGAGAAAGCAAUACCGUUAUUGUUGGAAGGGAAAGAUGUUUUAAUCAGAGCUAGAACUGGUUCUGGUAAAACUGCUGCAUUUGCAAUUCCAUUAAUACAAAAGAUAUUGUCUAAUAAACGAACUCAAACGAAGCAAGAAAUUAAGGCUUUGAUUCUGACUCCUAGUAAAGAACUUAGUAAACAGAUCUACGAUGUGCUCAUAGAUCUUACAAUGAAAUGUUCCAAAGAUGUACGAUCUAUUAAUAUUAGUCCGCCGAUUAGUUUUGAUGCUCAAAGAACAUUAUUACUAGAAAUGCCAGAUAUUGUUGUAUCUACGCCUAGUAGAUUGUUGCAACAUUUAAAAGUUGGGAAUCUUUCUUUAAAACAUAGCCUGGAAACAUUGGUAAUAGAUGAAGCUGAUUUGGUCUUUUCUUUUGGUUAUGAAAGAGAAGUGAAACAGAUUAUGACUUAUCUGCCAAGAAUUUAUCAAGCUACAUUAGCAUCUGCAACAUUAUCCGAAGAUGUCUUGGUAUUGAAAAAAUUAGUUUUACAUGAUCCAGCAAUUUUAAAAUUAAAAGAACCUCCAUUAGCUCCACCAACACAAUUAGCACAUUACAGUCUAGCUGCAGAAGAAGAUGAUAAGGCUGCUAUUUUAUACGCUUUAUUAAAAUUACAUUUGAUUAGAGGGAAAACUAUUAUAUUUGUACAUACUGUUGACCGAUGUUAUAAAUUGAAGCUCUUUUUGGAACAAUUUGGAAUACCAACUUGUGUACUUAAUUCUGAAUUACCUUCAAUUUCUAGAUGUAGAGCUAUUACACAAUUUAAUUGUGGAAUAUAUGACAUAAUAAUUGCAUCCGAUGAGAAAGCUUUAGAAGAGGAACACUUAAAAGUUAAAAAAGGAAAAAGAAAAAAAGAUAAAGAAUCAGGUGUUGCUCGAGGGAUAGAUUUUCAAUUUGUAUCAAAUGUAAUUAAUUUCGAUUUUCCCCUUGAUGUUAACUCUUACAUACACAGAGCUGGUCGUACAGCACGAGGAAAAAAUGAAGGAACAGCUUUAAGUUUCAUAUCAAUAAGAGAAAGACCAUUACUCGAAGAAGUAGAAAAAGAAUUGAAGGAAUGCCAAGGUCAAGAUACAUUGUUUAAAACUUAUCAAUUUAAAUUAGAAGAAGUCGAAGGUUUUAGAUAUCGUGCUCAAGAUGCAUGGAAAGCUGUAACUAGAAUAGCUGUGCGCGAAGCACGUUUGAAAGAAAUUAAACAGGAAAUGUUGAAUUGCGAAAAAUUGAAAACUUAUUUCGAGGAUUAUCCAAAAGAUUUGCAGUCAUUACGUCAAGAUAAAGCUUUACAUACAGUAAAAUUACAACCUCAUUUAAAAAAUGUACCAGAAUAUAUAGUACCACCUACUCUAAAAGGUUUAAUGGGAAUGGGAAAAAGGAAACGAAAAUUCGAUCGAGAAUUAGCGUCAACUGCUGCUACCGCUGUGAAAUCGAGACAUCAAGCACGUGCAUUAAACCCUCUCAUUAGUUUAGCAUUAAAGAAACAGAAAAAGUCAGCAUAAAUUUUAUAUAUUAUUGUAAUGUAAAAUUUGUACAAAAUAAAGUGUUCCGUUCUUAAUUUUGAUAAA